UGAACGCAUUUUCGGGCAGCUGGUCGGAUUAAACCAUUGGACGUGCUUACCUUCAUGAUAUGUUCUUAACACAUGUGACCACCAUCAGUAAGUGUGAGUUAAACGCGGUUUGCACGAACGCUCUUCCGCUAUGCUAUCAAAUCUAAAUUCAACGAACUAUGGGCGUGUUUUCCUUGUGUUAAUUGUGCUUGUGUCUUUGGAAAUAUGCAUGCGCACAUUUGUGACCAACGGAACAUUCCAAGCCAUUAACUUCGCUCGUCAAGAACAGCAGAGUCAAAACAACUUGAAUUCAAAGGCGAGGGACAAAAAAAUUCUCAACGCAACCUCAAAUGUAACCCCAGACACACGCGGUCCUGACAUGCCAACAAUACCAAUUACCGUCAAGAAUGUAAGUGUGGAAAUCUCGUUCGAAGAGAUAAAAAGAAGGCUGGAUCAGAGGAAUCGGAUGCUGCGAGGAAACUGUUCUCUGAUCGGAAAUUUGAAGUCUCCUGUUCUGGUGGCCAUUGACGUGAUGAGGAAUUACUUCAUCGAAGAAUAUAAUCUCUUUCUUUGUGUUUCUGCGAAGGGUGGCGCAACGACAUGGAAAUCACACAUGCUAAAGAUGAAAGGACACCCAGGAACUAAUGUUCAUAAGGGUUACAAUGAAAAACGUAUCAGAGCGAGGAUGCCCAGAAUCGCCGACCGCUUUUCGGGGAAGGUGACAAGCGUGAUCUCUGUGCGCCACCCCUUGUCUCGCCUCGUGUCGGCGUACGGAGACAAGUUUGGCGACGGAAAGUCGUCUGCUGCCACACCCCGGUUUUUGCGCAUGGUUAGGCAGCACCUGAAUAGUUGGGGAAGAAGAGUCACAUUCUAUCAGUUCCUUACUUACGUCAUCCAUCAAUCGAAAAGAGGACCUUCAUGGACAAAUAAUCACUGGCGACCAAUUUCCUGGAACUGUAAGCCUUGCACAGGAAACUUUGACUAUAUUAUCAAACUUGAGACUCUUGAUGAAGACUUGGCUUACCUUGUUAAUGUUCUAGAAAUUAAAGAAAUAGACAUCAAACUGAAACACAAUGUUAAAAGAAGUAAGGCUAAAGUAAAGGGCUACGAGAGUUACUUUAAAUCCUUACCUCCAGCCAUGCUUAAGGACAUCUACAAUAUUUACAAGUAUGACUUCAUUUUAUUUGAUUAUGCAAUACCACAGUUCAUGCUUGAUGCUGCUGCCUCCUGAUUUCGAGGAUGAUGCGGUGUUCACAGACGAUAUGGGAAAUACAAUUAUGAAAAUAUUGAGACCAAACUUGCAAAGUGACAUUUGGUCUUUUGGGAGGUACAUUUACCCGGUAUAUGAGUUCAAUAUACACUUGAUAUGAUGAAAUAUAAGAAAAAUAUAUAUAUAACAUAGCAAAAUAUCUCACCAGAAAUGAGGAUCUCCAAGUACAAAAACCAAAUAUGUUGACACACCAUUUUGAUUUCAAUUGUCUGAAUAAGUCUAAUGAUAUUGGUUAUCAUUGCAAAAGGAAUAAUUGUAUGUAUGAAGAAGCUGUUUGAUAAUUAUGUAAUGUGGUAGUAAAUGAUUUUGUAAUAUUUUCAAAGGUAUGUACAUUAUGUUGAAUUUGUCAGUUGGUAUAAACUUUGAAAACAUC